GUGAGAGGGAAAGGUUUGCAUGUCUUUUUUUGUUUUCAGUUUCUUCUUCAUUUUCUUGGCAAAUUUUGGCUACCAUCGAAGAGUUUUUUCAGAGAGAUAUGUCAACUUUAAGGAUACCUUCAGCACCAACUUCUCCCCGUGAUGACGCCACUCAACUACACAGUGCUUUCAAAGGAAUAGGAUGUGACGCUGCAGUAAUUGUCAAUAUUCUUGCACAUAGGGCUGCAUCUCAACGAGAUGACAUUCAACAAGAAUUCGAAACCUUGUACUCAUAUGACCUUAAGAAAGAGUUGUCUUCAGAGCUUCAUGGCAAUCUCAAGAAAGCAUUGUUGCUCUGGAUGCAAACUCCAAUGGAAAGAGAUAUUACCACCCUUAAGCAGGCCCUAACGGGACAUAUUCCUCAUCCUGAGCUUAAAAUUGCCACUGAAAUAAUAUGUUCUCGCACUUCUUCCCAGAUUCGACAAAUUAAACAGGCUUAUACUUCUACUUAUGAUACUUAUCUUGAGAUCGAUGUUGAAGCUCAUGCAUCUGGAAAUCAUAAACAGUUGAUGCUGGCAUAUUUAAGUACAACAAGGUAUGAAGGCCCCGAAAUUGACAGAGUGCUGGUAGAGAAUGAUGCUAAAGCAAUGCAUAAAUCUGGGGAGAAGAAAUUUGGAAUGGAUGAGAGGGUUUUGAUUCAGAUUUUCAGUGAAAGAAGCAAAGCACAUUUGGUUGCUCUUGAUUCUGCUUAUCAUAAAAUGUAUGGAAGAGAACUCAGAAAGGCGAUAAAAAGGGAAGCAUCAGGGCAUUUCAAGCAUGCCUUGUUAACAAUUUUGCAAUGUGCUCAUAAUCCUGCCAAAUACUUUGCUACGGUUUUGCGCAAGGCGAUGAAGGGUUUGGGAACGAAAGACACUACGCUAAUCAGGGUAGUUGUUACAAGGGCUGAGGUUGAUAUGCAGCAAAUAAAGGAAGAGUACCAGAAGCUGUAUAAGAAGCCAUUAAUUGAUGCUGUUCGUUUGGAGACAUUAGGCCAUUAUAGGACCUUUCUUCUUUCACUCUUAGGCUCUAAUUGAUCAGUAGCCCUGGCAAUCUCCUAUGUGGGAUUGUGUAGCAUUGGAUUUUGAAAUGUUGGUUGUGUUUGCAAGGAAAGUUGUUCGGGGUGUGAUUUGAAAGUCUGCAAUUAAUGAACUUAACGUGCCUGAAAUUUCUUGGCAUUUUUCUCAAGUAGUUCAAUUUUUCAGUUCCUUAAUUCAGUAUACUUGUUGGCUUGAUUUUAAAAAGAGAUUGGACUAGGUAUGAGUGAGGAUCAUAGACCUAUGUAUGUAAUGUCUACCCACUUCUUCAAAUGUCAAUUGCGUGCAGAAUUAA